CUUGCUUACCAGCUCACUGCUGAGAAUAUUCCAGGCUUUUCAGGCUUCUCCGCCGUGUUUGCCCCUCCCAUCGAAGGCCUCCGCAGUACUUCACUCACUUGGAGGCAUCUACCUGGUCGCGCGCAAACCCUAAAUCGUUCUCUGACGUACACAUCGCGCAUCCCAGGUCGCGUGAACGGCUUUGUAUGAGUUCAGCACCAAGUCAGCUUCGGCGCGCGGAAAGACCUUCUAGAAGAGUGCUGGAAGUGGCAUCGGAAUCGCAGUCAUGUCUGGCGCCUACAAUCGCGGCGGCUACAACCCAGAUGCUCUGCCAGCACACGCCGAGCCCGAGCAAGCAGCCGCCAUGAUGGGCAAUCGAGACAAUCGCAGCAACUCCAGCGCCAACUAUAACAAGCCUGUACCUCCGCCUCCCCAAAAUGUGCAAAAUCUCCGACCCUCGCACAACGAUACCUACGGCCGACAAAGUCCCGCGAGCGCAUAUCAGAACCCUCAGCCGCCUGGUGCAUAUGGCUCUUCGAAUCCUCCACCGCCGCCGCAGAAUCAGGGAGCCUACAAUGACUAUGCAAGAGGGAACAGUCCACGUUAUGAUCAGUACAGCCAGAACCCACAGUCUCCACGCUAUGGAGGCCCAGCCCAAGGCCAACAGGGAGCAUAUGGACAGCAAGGCUACAACCAAGCGCCAAGCCACGGCGCUCCUCCUCGCGGUAGCAGCUAUGGUGGCUUGACUUCGCCUCCUCCACCAGCAAACUACGGGCAAGGGCCAGCCCCGCAAGCAUACCACAAUCGACCUCCAAUCCCAGAACAUCAACGAGCUCCGACUGUCGCCCCUCCACCGCCUCGUGACGGCAACGAUCGCGACGCCCUGUGGCCGCUCUUCCUUCAAGUCGACAAGGACCGCUCUGGUCAGCUCACUGAAGCAGAACUCCAACGCGCACUGGUGAAUGGUGACUACACAGCUUUUGACUCACACACGGUGAAAAUGAUGAUCCGAAUGUUUGACACCGAUCGCAGCGGUACAAUCAAUUUCGAUGAGUUCUGUGGACUGUGGGGCUUCUUAGCAGCAUGGAGAGCACUGUUCGACAGAUUCGACGUCGACAGGAGUGGAAACAUUAGCCUGAGAGAGUUUGAGGAUGCGCUGGUAGCAUUUGGAUACAGGCUGAGCCCGCAGUUCGUGCAGCUGCUCUUCACAACCUACGCACGGCAGCGGAGUCGUGGAAGAGGCGAUGAUGGAGAAAGAGAAAGGGUGCUCUCGUUUGAUCUCUUCGUGCAGGCUUGCAUCAGUCUGAAGAGGAUGACGGACGUAUUCAAAAAGUACGAUACCGAUCGCGAUGGAUAUAUCACAUUGAGUUUUGAGGAAUUCCUUACAGGUGCGCAAAGUCUCUUCCUCUUCAACUCCAUUUCCGCGCAAACCGACACCGGACUCUACUAAGCACGAAGCUGACUCAUCGUCAGAAAUCCUUAAACAGAAGUGAGCAAACCUGGAAGUGCAUCAAACACCACCAAGCUCUCCGGAGGAAGCUCUCUGGACCCGGUGCAACUGCGACAACCAGACGCCAGCCGGCAAUAGCACAGUAUCCUGGCCCUUGUCGAAAGUCUGAGCCUGCGAUGCCGACAUCGGGCUGCGCUCGCAAACACCUUCCCUGAAGGCUGAUGGUAAGCAGAAUACAGUCUGCCAUGGGAAUAAGACCUAUUCCCGGGCCAUUUGGAUGGCGCUGCAUGGCAUGUCUCGUAUGAGGCAUGGUCGUGAAACGGACGAGAGGAAGCUUCAUCCGCAUGAGUCCAUACUCGUGCGUUCAAGCAUUACCCGGGGAAAGCGUACACGCAGGCCGCAUAGCAGGCCAGAAGAGACAUUGGCAUAGGCAUACAGGAUAAUUUUGAUCGAAUGUGAUACCCGAGUGAACAACGACAUCCUCAACAUCCGAUCCAGCAAUCUCAUCCCCUUCUUCAUACCUCUUAUCUUUCCUUCAUCUCCCCAGUGCCUUGACCCUCUUCUCCAAAUCAUCAACCCAGCCCUUCACAGUACUUCCAUUCCUCCCAUUCGCCUCAUCAGCAUUCUUCACAGCUUCCUCAACUUUCUCCAACCCUUCCCUCCACAUUUUCAACUCCUGCUCCAUCUCCGCUUGUCUAUGCUCCAAACUCUCCAAAUCUGCGCUCGCAUUGGCCGCCGUGGUAUGCAACGUCCGUAAACUCCUCAACCGUGUCAUCAGAGCAGGAAUCGUCGGCGAAAGGGCUCGAAGAGUAGGAAUCAGAGUGUAAAGAGACUGUAAACGUGCCAUGUCUUCGGCUGUGAGGAGUGUAGGUGCUUCUUCUUCUUCAUCAUCAU